AAACGCAUUGGGCUUAUUUUGGACAGAUUUAGGCGAGAGUGAAACCUCUCGCUUAGCCUCAGCGCUCUUUAUAUUUUCGACUUUUGUUUACGUUGGUAGCUAUCUAGCAAACGUUCCUUCUCUAAAAAUGUCUAAAAUAGAGUUAUUGAGAAUGUUUCUAAACCAGAGAUUGAUAGCGGCAGCUGAGGAGAUAUUUGGUGUCGUUGAAGAAACGAUAGCAGAAUACCAGGAAGAGGUUUCUCGCACAAAGGAGGAGAACAGCCGUCUACGGAUCACGCUGGAUAACCGUACUAAGCCAGAGAUCAAGUUACAUAGACGAGAAGACCUCCAGCAGCUCACUGUCACCGUGUCUGAUGAGGUGGUUUCCCCUGAGCAGCAGGAGUGGAGCCCCAGUCUGGGGCAGAAGGACCCAGAACCCACACAGAUGAAAGAUGAACAGGAGGAACCAAGGACCAGUCAGGAGGAUGAGAAUCAUGUCAAUGAGUUUAUCAAUUGUUACGGCUGUGUAUCAAGUGGCUAUUAUCAAGACCCAACUCAGUCCUCACAUGGAGAGAUAUACUCUCUACCCAGCACCUCAACUGAACAGAUCAAAACAGAACCUUAUGUAGAAGACUAUGGCGUAUCAGAACCAACCAGAGAGUCUCAGCCCUUCUCUGCAGUAGAUACAGAGUGUUCUGCAGCUCAGAGUGAAAACAGAGGACAUAUUGACAGGAUGGAGAGUGGAGGACCUCUGUCAGGUCUAACAUUAAAGCCACUCAAAUCAAAGAGAACAAAGACGGUAGAAGGACAAAGUUCUCACAUCAGUGUUAAGGACAGGAAAUUGAACCAUCUAAAAUCACACUCGAGACCCAGUGUAAGCUGGGAUGCUGCUCCUAGUUGUAAGGUAUGUGGAAAGCAAUUUGACUCCAUGGCUUCUUUAUUAAAUCAUGUGCAAACGCACGCACAGGAUAAAGAACAUCUUUGUGGUGUGUGUGGAAAAUUCUGUCAGUCCACAGAAAGUAUGAUAGAUCACCUACAAACUCACAUCGGAGCAAAGUGUUGUCAUGUUUGUGGUAAAUAUUUUGCUUGGGAUGCUUUUCUGAAAAGGCAUUUGAGGAGUCACACAGGGGAGAAGCCGUUUCGCUGUCAUCAUUGUGGCAAAGGAUUCAGUCAGAGUGGAAACCUGGCUGUGCAUAUGAAGAGCCACUCUGGAGAGAAAUCACAUCGCUGUCGUGUUUGUGGAAAAUGUUUCAUAAGAAACCCUGAUCUGACAGUCCACAUGAGGACUCAUACAGGGGUGAAACCAUAUAAGUGCCAGUUUUGUGGCCAAGGAUUCAAGCAGAAUUAUCACCUGAAACUGCACAUGAAGAACCACAUGGGAAAAACCAUAUCAUUGCCAUCUUUGUGACAUGUAUUUCAUCACUAGCACCCAGUCAACCUGGCAUGAGAUUUCACAUGGUAGAGAAAGGCAUCACUGCCAUGACUGACAGAGGCUUUGCAUAGACUGGAAGUUUGGCAAGGCAUAAUGACAAUGCACAAAAUACUUUAGUGUAGAAAAUACUGACAGUAGACCUUGUUUGUGAUACAUGUUUCACUUAGCCGCUUUAUUGAGGAAUGUUUUUACUCGCAGUGACUGUUGAUAUGUGGUUGUUUUACCUGUUUUGAAUGCACUGACUGUAAGUUGCUCUGGGUAAGACAUAAUGCAAUGAUGUUUUUUUUCUCUGCAUUGUUGGGAAGCGUUUCACUGUUAGUCUACACCUGUUGCUUACGAAGCGUGUCACAAAUAAAAAUAGUUUGGAUUUGAUUGCUGCUAAACGCUUCAAAUGAAUGAACUCCCCUGGAAGGUAUGAGAAGAACAUUCACAAGAGGGAGAAAACAUAAUGUCCUGAUGAAAAACCUUGUGACAACAUGGCAGUCAUCCCCUGUGUUGGGAGAGUCUUUCAGACAAUACAAGAGGUACAUUAAAACAUCUCAUUCCCUAAA